AUGGAUGAUCUUAAUGGUAGUUCGCAGCUAAGGCCGUAUUAUGAUGCGGGCUCAUUCAACGCAGGAUAUUCGGCUGUUUUCAAGCCAGACUAUGGUGUGGUUGAUCCGAAUGGGUUCAAUAUUGCAUCUAAGUUGAAUGUGGUGACGCAGCAAGGGCUUAAGAAGUAUGGAAAACGAAUUGGAGGUGAUCGGAAGAUGCUAAGUGAAUUAACUACUGGUAUUAAGGCGCGUUUUGGUGGUAUUGGGUCCGAAUACGGCGAUGGGAAUGUGAACGAGAAGGUUAUCAAGUCUUUGGGCAGUCUGGAGUGGGCCGAUAUAUGCAAUUACAGAAUUUGGAGGAGUGUAUUCAACCGUUUGCUGCAGGAAUUUUUGAAGAAGUACUUUCAGCAUUUAAUUCAGCUCCCAUUUGAUACAGCGAGGUUAUUGUUGCAGGUUGGUAAGUUUGAUGCAGCUGGGAUGUCGUCGAAUAAGAGGGCUGGUCAUAGGAUAGAUGGGUCUUCGAAUGAUUUGGAUAGUGGUGAUGAAGAUAUUGAUUAUUUCCCAACGGUUGGGGUUCAUAACGACAACGGAAGAUGGGGCUCUCGGACGGAACCUUCAGAAAUAGUGGCAUCCUCUAGCCAGCAGAUUGCACCAUCUUCUUUACACACGAUGGAAAUUUUAAAUAGCAUUAUGGAUAAAGAAGGUACGAAAGGUGUGUGGAGAGCUAACAACACAGUAUUCAUCUACAACUUUCUCUCGGAGUCGUUGGAUGCAUGGUUCACAGGACUGCUCUCUCCCUUCCUACAUGUCCCAGACCCUUACUUUAUUGACAUUAUUCAUUCUCCUGAUAUACAAAAGUCUGUUAUACUAACGUUAGCGGCCGGUGUUUUUACAGGCCUAGUGUUGCUCCCAUUAGAUUUGAUCAAAACUAGGCUAACUAUUGGUCAAAUAGGAAACGGCCAAGAGAGGUCGCUACGGUGUCUAGUCAGAAAGUGGUCAUGGAGAGACUAUUUCAAGUCGUUGCCAGGUGAAAUGGUUGUUCUAAAUAUGACAAAUUCGUUGGUAGGAAGAGCUUUCAAGGAAUUGACUAGUAUACUGCUGUAUCAAAAAUACAACAUCGACAGGUUUUCAAGCCGUAUAAUCUACCACACUUUAGAUUUCAUAUCCAAUUGUAUUCAGCUCUUCUUUAAAUUACCGGUAGAGGCACUUUUGAGGCGCUGUCAAGUGAAAUACUUACUGGAUGAAGACACACCAUUCCAUAUAAGCCCACAGGAUUUGAUUAUAAAACCCCGUUCAUACCGCAACAUAUUUGUCACUUUCCGCAACUACGAUACAAUAGCUGAAUUAUGGCGGGGCUGGAGAAUAGGCUUGAUGGGUGUGAUCUGUGGACAUGGCUUGAGGUUAAUAGAGCUGCAGAAUGUAGUCACAGAAGAGGAAGAAAAGUUUUGA